AUGUCUAGGUUACGCACAGUUAUUGGUGAUGUUUAUCAUGGAGUUAAAUUGGGUUUGAAACUAUCUCAAAAACAUAUAUUGGAUUCAUAUUUAAAAGUUCCAUUUGGUAUAUUGGUUAUAUUAGGUAUAUUAUAUGGUGUUAAUGAAGUCAUUAUCCUCACAACUAUUAAUUUCCCAUCUUCAGUUGCUUGUAUGUUGUUAUUAUACAUUUUUUUAAUAUCAAGUCAAAAAAUUUUAGGUGAUAGAAAGACAAAAAAAAUUGUUAAAUUUAUUGAAAUACCUGGUGGUUUUAGUUUACGUUGGAUUAAUAUUUUCUUUACUCCAGCUUUUAUAACUUUACCUUUAUCUUCAUGGAUUAGUGCAAAAGAAGCUUUAACUAUUGCAGCUGUUUUCCUUUUUGGUUAUUUCACUGCAACUGUUAUAAUUGCAUAUUUUACUAUUGGUUUACAAAAAAUUUUAAAAACAACAAGAAGAUCAAAUGUUGAAAGAGCUGAAGAAUUACAUUUAAUGGAAGAUGAUGAAGAUGAUCAUAAAGAAUCUGAAAGGCAAUUAAAUCCUUCAAAUGCAAAUUCAACUGCAAUUUUAGGUAGUUCAACAUCACCUCCUCCUAAUGAUGAUAGAAAUUCUAGUAAUAAUUCAUCUAUACGUGGUUCUAUAGAUUCAAUUAAUUCAUUAAAUUCAAUUGAAAUGGUUGAUAGAAUGAAAUCUCCAUUAAAUGCAAAUCCAGAACUUAUUGUUCAAGAUAUUCCAAGAGGUGAUGAAAAUUCAAUUGAAGAACAAUAUAGGAAAAGUUUAAACCUAUCUAAACAAGCAUCUCGUUUAUCACAUAUAACAACAAAUAACAACAAUAACAAUGUAUCAGAUGACGUUGAUUCUGAUGAAGUUAUUAAAGUUGAAUUACAAACAAAUAAAGAUAAACAUACUUUAGAAUUCCCAUCAUUACCUUCACCAGUUGCACAACUUAAAAGACCAAAUAAUCCAGGUAUUUUAGCAAGUUUUAAAAAUCGUAAAUUAUUUUGUCAAAGAUCAAUAUUAGAACAAAGUAAUAUAUUGGAAACUGAUAAAAAAUUAAUUAUUGCACAAUUUUUAAAUAAAAAUUUUGAUUUUUUCAUAUUGGGAAUUUUAUUCAUAGUAAGUUUACCAAUUUAUUUUAUUAAAAAUUAUCCAAUGUUUUUACAUUUAUCAAUUGCAGUGGCAACUUUUAUAUUUAUGUUACAAGUACCACCACCUAAAUUUAAAAAAUUUUUACAUCCAGUUUUAUGUUCAGUUGGUUUAUCAUGGUUUUGGUUUUAUAUUUUUUCAUUAAUUAAAAAUGAAAAUUUUCUUGAUACAUUAAAAUUAUAUAAAACUUCAAGAAAUUAUUUAAAAUUAUUUAAUCAUAAAGAAAAUAAUCAAUGGCCUGGUGCAGGUGAUGUUUUUUCAACAUUAAUGGAUGUUUCAAUUGUUUCAUUAUCAAUUCCAAUGUAUACAUAUAGAAAUGAUUUAAAAAGACAUUUUUGGGCUUUAUUACCACCAAUUUUUUUAAUGUCAUUUGGUUGUUUUUUCAUUUAUCCACCAUUAUGUUAUAAAUUAGGUAUAUCAAGUGAACGUUCAUUAGGAUUUGCAGGAAGAUCUAUAACAUUAGCAUUGGGGACACCAUUUGUUCAAGCAUUAGAUGGAUCAGUUCCAUUAAUGGCUGUUUGUACAGUUGUUUCAGGUAUUGUUGGUGCAUUAACUGGACAAUUUAUAUUUGGUAAAAAAGUUUUAAGAAUUCGUGAAGAUGAUUAUGUUACAAGAGGUAUUACAUUAGGUAUAAAUUGUGGUGCAAUUGCAACAGCUCAAUUAUUAACUAUAGAUCCAAGAGCUGCAGCAAUGAGUUCUUUAACUUUUGUUUUGUUUGGUACAAUGAUGGUUAUAAUGGCUAGUAUAACUCCUUUAGCUAAAUUGGUUCAAAAUUGGGUUGAAUUGAAGACAUCAUAA